AUGUCAAUAAUCAAAGCACCUCAUUCUCCUUAGAUAAUUAAUUAUUUGAAAGGUCGAACAUAAGAUAAUAAUAAAAUAAUCUCAUAAUCUCUUAAAGUGGAAAAAUCAAGAAAUUCAAUUAUUGAAGAUUAGGAUGAAUAAGCUACAGUAAUCAAAUAGAAGACCUAUUAAGGAGACCUAUCGGAAUUUGAUAAUACUUUAUAAUAAAAGGUGUCUCCCAAUGAAACCAAAAUAUUAAUAAAUAAUAAUGACUAAUCAAAUUCAUUACAAAUAAGAAAUCAUACUGAAGAUGCUAUGAUAUCUGUUUCACCAAAAGAUUGCUGUUUUUGUGGGGAAGCAUAAAAUAUCUUCCCUAUUUGUAAAUGUUCAUAAGCCCAUCAAAAGUGUGCGAAUGAAUUUCUGCAAUAAGGACCAUAUUUAGAAUAAAUCUAAUGCAAAAAUUGCAAUCAUUAUAGACAUGUCAAUGGUGUUAUUAAUUUCGAAUUUAGUUAAUGGAAAAAAAACAAAUCCUCCCUACUUUUGGAACUCUUAUUUUUAGUUAUAAUUUUGGCUAUUUUUGGAGUUUUAACCUACUUUUCCUUCUUUGUGGUAUAUGAUAAGAUAGCUACAGAUAGGAUACUAAUAUCUUGUCUAGUGUUUUCAUAUACUAUUUGGUUUAUCUUGCUAAUCUGCUUAAUAUCUAAAAUGCUUACUCAUUUUAAAAAAGUUAGGUUAAUGAUCAAAAGAUUCGAUGCUAAAAAUGUUUAAUAUAACUAAAAUUACGUAAAUUUAAUGAUGAGAUUGUGA